CAAUAAAUCGUAGAAUUUUGAAAGAAACAAUCAAUUUUAGUGUCAAUGCAAAUUUUUCUCUUAUAACUACAUCGAACACCGGAUACAAUAUUUGUUUUAACAGUAACUCGAAUCUGAAUACGUUCCUUCACAAUAGCAUAUUUACAUAACUGUGUUAAAACAAGCAGGAGCGACUAUAUAAUCGGGCAAUCGAUUGAAGUGAAACACAAUUCGUGGCAGCUACAGUUACUGGUUAUUAGCUGAACCUAUACCUGACUCAAGAUGAGGUUGAUCACGCUUGGCAUAGUAGUGCUACUUUCCAUGUCCAAUUGUUUGCUGACCACAGCUGAAGAUAGCAAUGACGCUUCAUUAGAGCCGGUGCCACCAGGACCACGAAGUCUAUUUACGAAGGAAGGAGAUGACUUCGAAGAAGAUGAAAAUGAUUUUCUAGAGCACGAGAGGCGAGAAAACCAGCCACCUGGUGUAUGGGGAAAGCGGGAGAAUCAACCCCCAGGGGUAUGGGGUAAAAGAUCUAACCAGCCACCUGGAGUAUGGGGGAAAAGAGUUUCGAAAGAAGAGAAUCAGCCCCCAGGCGUUUGGCGUAAGAAGGAAAAUCAGCCACCAGGCGUUUGGCGUAAGAAGGAAAAUCAGCCACCAGGCGUUUGGCGCAGAGAUAAUAACCAGCCACCCGGUGUCUGGCGAAAAAAGGAGAGCCAGCCGCCAGGUGUCUGGCGAAAAAGGGAAAACCAGCCACCAGGAGUAUGGGGAAAAAGAUCGAAUAAAAAACACGAAGAAAAUUUCAGUGGUGUGAUUGAUGGAAGAGCAAUGAAGGAAAUUGAAAAGGACGCAAGGGGUUUGAAUGAAAGGAAGAUAGCACUAAUCCGUACGGUUAAACGGCUAAGAGAAGCUCUAGCUAAGGAAUAUAAAUAGAGAGACACAUGUAAUACUUAAAAACGUUAUAUAAGGGAGGGAAUUAAACGCGUCUAGUACGAAUGGUAGCUGAAUUAGAGAACGAAUGAUCGUAUUGAUAAAAACAUUCAUAAUGCCCGGUAUUUCUACACAA